AUCGGCGCGCGCGACAGAUCCGAGUCAAACCAUCGAAUAGUCCGUACUUCUUCUACCUUGCCGCCCCAUUCGCUGCAUCGUGGUUUCCGCCCCGAGUCUCUUUCUCCUGCAAAGCUCGGCACAAUGAGCUUCUCGUCCAUGUUCAACCGCCUACAUGGGCAACCCGAGAGCUACGAGAAGAAGGCCAAGUACCGCUUCGGGCGCACGUUGGGCGCAGGCACCUAUGGCAUUGUUAGAGAGGCAGACGGCCCAACGGGCCGGGUUGCUAUCAAAAUCAUUCUGAAGAAGAAUGUCCGAGGCAACGAACGUAUGGUCCUCGACGAGUUGGCGAUGCUCCAGAGCCUCCACCACCCGCACAUCGUCAAGUUUGUCGAUUGGUUUGAAUCCAAAGACAAGUACUACAUCGUCACAGAGCUCGCGACCGGAGGGGAGCUGUUCGACAGGAUCUGCCAGCAGGGCAAAUUUACGGAGAAGGACGCGUCUCAAACCAUCAAGCAGGUUCUGGACGCUGUCAAUUAUCUGCACAAGAACAAUGUUGUCCAUCGUGACCUCAAACCCGAGAAUCUCCUCUACCUCACCAAGGACCCCAAUUCGGAUUUGGUCCUGGCCGAUUUUGGUAUUGCGAAGAUGCUCGGAACAAAGGACGAGGUGCUCACCACCAUGGCUGGGUCGUUCGGCUAUGCGGCGCCCGAGGUGAUGCUGAAGCAGGGGCAUGGCAAACCUGUCGACAUGUGGUCUCUGGGCAUCAUCACUUACACCCUACUCUGUGGCUACUCGCCGUUCCGCUCGGAGAACCUCCAGGAUCUCAUCGAUGAGUGCACUGCUUGCCAUGUCGUAUUCCACGAGCGAUAUUGGAAGGAUGUUAGCGAUGAUGCCAAGGAUUUUAUCUUGAAACUGCUAAAGUCCAAGCCUGAAGAACGCUGGACGAGCGAGGAAGCCCUUGCCCACCCUUGGCUGAGCGGCAAGAACGCGACAGACCACAACCUGCUGCCCGAGAUCCGCGCCUACCUCACGCGCGCGCGCUUGCGGCGUGGUAUUGAGAUGGUCAAGCUCGCCAACCGCAUCGAAGCGCUAAAGAUGCAGGAGGAAGACCCUGAAAACUCGGACUUGCCCAAGGACGCGACACUGGCAGCUGACCAAGCGCGUCAUUUCCACAAUGAUAGUGACCCGGUGAAUGUUGAGAGCAGCAGUGGCGCCGAGGGUGGCAAGCGCAAGCUGUCCAAGACGAUCAAGGGCGCCAUCUUCCGGGAGGUGGUUCUGGCCAAGGUGCGCGAGAUGAAGCAGCAGGAGGAAACACUCAAGGUGACGGAGGAGGCAACGAAGACCGCUUGAUGUGCUCGAAAAAGAAGCUGGUUUGAAUAGAUGAUACCACUGGCGGGCCAGGAUUACCACAGGCUGGCUGCAGAGGCCUGGCCGGUCAUGUCG